AUGUAUAAACGUCGCAAAACACAAGACUCUCCCAAAUCGAGUGAAUCACAACCACAGACUCUCUGUUCUUGCCAGGCUAUCGCCACCGAUAAUGAUAACGCUCUACAAUGUGAUGCAUGCGACACUUGGUUCCACCCCGGAUGUGUUAACGUUUCACCAAUGGCAUAUACGGCGUAUCAAACUCUAGCUGAACAACAACAGUUCUCUAACUGGUUUUGUUCAAAGUGUUUGAACGAUAAAAACGUCGAUCGUGUUCCGCCUCGUUGCCGUCAAACGUUAUCCGAUCGAAUUGACAAGAUUGAACAUCAUUUAACAACUCUUAACAACAAACAUGAUCAACUUGUUGACCGCCUUGAUGAAUUGAACGAAAACUUGGAACGUGAGAAGCGACGAAAAAACAUCAUCGUCAAGAAUUUGUCUCCCGUUGAGAGCACAAACGACAGAGAUGUUGUCUUCCGUUUCGUUCAAAAUCAUCUUGGUGUCAAGAUUGAUCCGUCUUCCAUCGAUUCGAUGUGGCGAUUUAAAACCUCGUCAGCAACUGAUAAUGAUCGUCCGUCACUUCUUGGUAUCGCGUUUAAUGACUUGUCUGUUCGUUCGUCGAUCCUGGCAAAGGCACCUAUCAUUAAAAACUCGUCUGAUGCUCUUGUCAAAAUUGUUUACAUCCGUAAGCAUUUGACAAAAAAACAAUCUUUGCAAGCCUUUGAGGCUCGACAACAACGGGAUAGGUCGCAAGAAGAACAACAGCAAUCAACUACAUCAUCUGUUGUUAACAAGGACAAUAAUCGGCUGAAUCAAAAUAGUAACGUCAGACGUGACAAUAUUAAUAACAAUAAUAAUAGUACCAAUAAUAAUAUUCUCAAUAAUACACAACAAAAACAACAAAAAACAAGACGUUACCAUCGCUUGUCUAACCGUUAUUGA